AUGGACCUGUUUGUCCUCCGACACUUCGUGGAACACGUCGCAGGCUGGAUCGAUGCAUUCUCCUCGGAAAAUCCAUACUCGACUAUUGUCCCUAUCUUCGCUCUGGAGUGCCCAGCAGUCUUGUUCUCUUGUCUUGCCAUUGCAGGAAAGCAGUUGGCGUUAACAAGGGCAGGUGCUGAGGCCCAGAUCACCGAGGACGUCGCAGUCGAGUAUUACCAAAAGGCGCUCAAGGCUUUCAGCACUCUUUUAAUAGAGGCAGAUUCAGCUUAUAGUGACAAGAUCCUGGCAUCCAGCAUCAUGCUCUCUGGCUACGAGAUGCUGGAUAUGAUGGGGGAAAGUUUCAGCUCCCACCUCCGGGGCAUCGCCUCGCUCCUUCAACUGUGGCGAGUCAACGGAGACUCACCUGGGAUCAAGGGAUCGGUUUUCUGGACGUGGUUCAGAUCGGAUUCAUGGGCAGCUUUGCAUGCUGGACGACGCAUGUUCUUGGACGAAAGUUACUGGGAGCCACGUGCGGUGGACUCCUUUGAAGACUUGUCUCAUGUGGAAAUUGCAAACCGUGCCUUGUUCCUGCUUGGACAGUGCGUCAGCUUUUGCAGUGGGGUUCCGUGUCGAGACAACGUGGAGGGUUCGGAGGAGAUGAGCACAAGACAAAGAAAGAGGGACAAGAUCCGAAGUGACCUCGAGCGGUGGAAAGGGAUGCUUCCGCCUGCGAUGACCCGCUUCUAUGUGAGCCUGGCGCAACAAGAAGAGCAGGAUGAGGACUACACAGCUCAUCCGGUCGCGAGGGACAUAUCAUCCAUAUGGUAUGUGUAUCCACACUGUGCCGUCGGGAUCCAAAUGUACCACGCAUGUCAGAUCUUGCUGGCACUCAGUGGACUCCCAUCCCCGUCCCGACGACAGGGUCAGGGUCAUGGUCAGGGCCAGGGCAUCUUCACCGCCACCGCCGAAUCACUGUCCGUCCGACGGCUGAUCAACCGGUCGCGCGAACAGAUCCUGCUCAUCGCCAAUUCCGGCACUACCGAUCCCUUCAGCUUCACUUCGACCCAGUGUCUGUACAUUGCAGGUCUGGUGACGGAGGGCGUUCAAGAGCGGCGUCGCACUAUUGAGUUGCUCGAAGAGUGUCAGAGGCAGUCAGGUCGCCGCACCGCGCAGAUUGCCGACGAGCUUCGAGCGGUGUGGGCGGAAGAGUGGUAG